CAUAGUAAUGGUGGGGCAGCGUGAGGGAGUAGCAUGGCAAGUCAUCUGCACAUGCAGGUGCUGCGGACAAACUACCGCCAAAGAUUGAAAUGCGGACGAGGAACGCAAACUGACGAUGCGUCUCCUAAAGGCUACACAAAUAGACUAGCUUCAAGAAUUAUAAUGAGCCGAGCACAUAGCUUACGACGUGCUACCGAACGCCCAACGCAUUACCGCUCUGGCUCAAUGUGUCAGCCAUGUGACGAGAUCGAUGCAAAAGUUGGAAGCCAUGCAACGUCGGUCAAUCCGUCAUCACAGAAACCAUGGGAUUCCAGGAAAGGGACGGUUUACAAGCAUGGGACGGUUUACAUGGGACGGUUUACAAGCAUCAGGGACAUUCUUCUCGAGAUUCAGUUCCUUCACGCCGUUCUGGACAACUUUUCCACAUAUGCCUUUAUAUAUACCAGGUCAGCUUCCGCUAUCAAAAGAACGCAGCAACCCCCAACCCUUACGCCGCUGCAAGCACUCCACACAUGCACCUCAGAUGCGAAAGUUUCCGUACGUAUUGUCGUCGAGUCACUGUUUCUGCGCGAGACCGGUACGAAGAGAGCGUUUUGGCGGAUUGCGUGCGGUUCCACCGUUUUUGCUGCGAACCGGGAGGAGCGGCAUAAAUCAUUCAAGACUCCGCGCUAUCAUGCUUCAAAAGCCGAUUUUGCAGCUUGACAGAGAGCAUCGGAAACAUCUGGAUCUUGUAUGUUUCCUUGGGUGACCAUUGGUUAUACUCAUCCGAGCGCAGCGUUUCAGCAUAGAACAGAACGCGAAUACAGACAGAACUCCAUUCUAGAGACCAGAAACUUCACACAGUCGGCCCGAAGCCUGUUGACGCUGGGAAUAGCCG